AUGUUACUUACAAUAUUUUUGUUAUUAACUAUUUUAACUAUUGUUUUUUGUAAACCUGCUAAUAAUCGAGAAUCGAAAAGAUUUGGACGCUCUGAGAAACGUCGAAAAACAUCAGCUGAAUUGAGCAGUCCAAUUAACAAUAUGUGAGUAUUAAGACUACAGAUCAAAUAAAAAUAAAUAUUUUCUAAAAUUAAGAACGUCGGGAUCGAGAACUCCUGAAUUAAGAACUUCAUCAUCGCCAAUUCAGGAAAAUAUGAAUAAUAAAUCGACAAGAACACUUCGAAAAUUGGAUAAAACACAGAAAACUGAAAGAAAUAGUUUGAUGAUGGUGGAAGAAACAACUCAAAAAUUAAGUGGAUCUGGAGAACCGGUAAGAUUAAUUAUCUAUUUUUCAAUUUUCUGUUUUUUUUCAGCAUUCAGAAGAAGUGGAUGAAACAAUGUUAGAUGCACCAUCUCUUAGAUUAAGAAAGAGUGGAGUCAGUUUGGAAACUGAUUUGGACACGUGUAAAUCGACUAGUAAGAAAAAAACGAAAGCAAAUUAA